AUGAGACAUGGUGUACAUAUGGUUAAAUGUAAUAUUAAUAAUCGAGAAGAAUGCUGUCGAGCAUUUGCCGGUGCAUAUGGCGUAUACGCGAUAACAAACUAUUGGAAUGCAACAGAUGGAGAUGAAUAUAAGCAAGCUCUUAACUUAAUAGAAGCAGCAAGAGUAGCGAAUGUCCAACAUUUUAUUACGAGUGGUAUACCAGAUACGGCAGUCUUCGAGAAAAAUCAAUUUGAUUUACCUCUGCAUUGCAUUUGUAUUCCUUUUUAUGAUGUACAUGAUACGGGCAAGGUUGUACGCGAAUGCUUUCAGCAUCCUGAGCGAUGGGGUCAUGGACAAACAGUACCAAUUGCAGCAGAACAAUUAACUAUGGAAGAAAUUUGUGCAACGAUUCGAGAAGUAUCUGGUAAAGAUAUACGUUUUGUCCCUUUAUCAUGCAAUGAAGCUCUCGUUAAACUUCAUCGAGAAACUGUAGACAAUUUGAGAUGGUACAAUGACUUUGGUAGUAUUGAUGAACGGCAAGCGGAGAAGACGAAAGAAAUUUAUGGAAAAAUGAAAACAUUUGCUGAAUGGGUACGAGAAACUCAAUGGUUGAUGGAAUAA